AUGGCGGACCGGACAGUGUGCCUGUGCGACUACGCGGGGUCGGCGUACCAGGCGAUCAUGGAGGCGGGCGACUUCGCCGACCUGACCGUGAUGCUGAGGGCGCGGGGAGAGGGCACGGAGCGGCGGGCGGUGGAGUCCAUCCGGUGCCACCGGCUGGCGCUGGCGGCCUGGAGCCCGGUGAUGCGGCGGCUGAUCGACCGGGCGGCCCGGGACGGGCAUCCGGGCUGGGUGGCGCUGGGCUGCGAUGACCUGGCGCCCCUGCGGGCGCUGCUCCGGACGUUCUACAGUGCGCGGGUGGCCCUGUCGCACGACAGCGUGUGGUCGAUUCGAAAAGCCGCCAAGGAGCUGGAAGUCGACGUUGUGGUGCAGCAGUGUGACACCUACCUGGACGACCACCUCAACGAGCGCACCUGCGUGCCAUGGCUGGCCCAGGCCGAGGCCCACAACCACCCCGAAUUCUCAGAUCAGUGCCUGGCCACCAUCGCCAGCUCCUUCGACACCGUGCGCAGCACCUAUGCCUUCCUGAGCCUGGACCCCAGCAUCGUGCUCAGGCUCCUGGACUGCGAG